AUGCCUCUGACAAUUAACCUUGACGUCCACUAUAAAAAGCUCUCUUUGCUGUUAUUUUCCCUCUCUCCCCUCAUCCUUUUCUCUCUACUCUCACCCCUCCGUCCGCACUCUCCUCGCCUACUCCAACUGCUCUCAUUGGGUCUCGGCGCAUCCUUUAUGAGGCAUUUUUCAAAUCUACCGCCGCCGCCCAUCACCGCUCUGCCUCCCCUCGACCCUGUUAUUUCCCCCUAUCCUGGCUGCGCCGUCCAGCUUCUCGUGCCCCGGCGAUUGCAGCUGCUAGAGCUGAUUCUGAGCUUGCAUUCGCACGCGUUUGGCGGCCCACCCACUUUCCAUUCUCGUGCUCUCUCCCUCUUCUCUCGCAGGAUGUUCGCUCACCUCACCCAUACCGGCAUGUGCGGUCCUGUAACCCCCUCUCUCCCGGACUCGCUGAUGGCAUUUACUGCGCCCUUUCCUAUUCCUGUUUCGAGCGGACGAAUACGUAGCUCUCACGCCAUUAUCUCAGCUCUGAUACGCCUAUAUUGCGCCCCGCUCCUCUGGUUGAAUACGCUGGACCAAUCCUUCAGGCGGCGAUGUACAGGAUGCUCCGCCUCGCAUGAGGCAUACGACGUUGCUGUAACAUGGCAAUGCAACCGGCAGGGGUCUGAUAUCUGGAAGCUGGCAGCUGACAGCUCGGAGAUGGCCUCGGGUGUGCUACGGGAGGCGAACGAAGCCCUGAAGUCCAAUAACAAGACGGCACAGGGGCCCUCCGGCGAGAAUUACGCAUUCAUGCAAGAAGCUGGUGAUCGGUGGCUUCAUUCGAGCCAAUCGUCAGAUGAGCUAGGCCGACUCUUAAUACGAUGGGGCCACCUACGCCGCUUGGGAGGGCGAUACGCGGCCGUUUCGGAGACGCUGAUGCUGAUCGGCUUCGAGUUUAUGCGUCCCCUUUGUAGACAGCGCCCUUGCACCGCCUGCUGCUCCCCUUUCUUCAAUGGAUGCGGCAUUUAUGCAGGCCCUUCACGAUCCUCAUUCUCGGCGGCGGUAUUGACUACGACAUAUAAAGUCGCACUUACCAGAGAAGCAGAUUGCCACACUGAAAUGGCCUCCUCUUGCAGCACCUCUUUACUAGCCCCUUCGUUUCCUCUGAAAAUUGUUCCAUACGUUUCUCUGCUCCAUAUUGACGAUUUCCCAAUGCCGGAUUUGAAUGCAUUGGGCUCUCUUAACCUGAGAGUAUCUGCUCUGUUUAGAGCAGCAGACGCUUCUGUGGCCUCGGUGCCGCCUCCGAACUACGAUUCAAGUGUUGCGAAGACAAACUCGGCUCUGAACGGGUUGUUUGAUAGAAGCAGUCUAGAAUUUCCUUUAAUUUUGGAGAGCGAUGCAGCCGAAGAGCACCACAGCACAACGCAACAUAACAAUCUUAACAAAGCUGGCAUGCGUGCCCUCUCUGUAGAGGGUAUAGAUAGUAUUUGCCAUAAACUAUCGCCAGCAGAAGACAAACUACUCUUUAAUGUCGAGGUAAUAAGCAGAUUGCCAUCAACACGCAAACAAACGCGCCGUUCAUCUGGUGACACGAUGAUCUCCUUAACAGAAGUGCCAGACAUUACGUCAGAACCAGAGCUGGAAGACCCUUGUUUACUAAAGCAGAGAAGGCCGUCUGUACGACAAGCAGAGAGCCUCAUACUUGAUCAUGUGCCUACACCCAAGCCAACCCCUCUGCCGACCCCUAGCAGCCUAGAUUCCCGUUCUAGAGCCGGCAGUGAGCCUAGUCCUGACCCUCUUGACAGUGACAGCAAAAGUAGUAGAGCUAGAAGUCCAGUCCCGCCCCUAAACAACCUUGGUGAAGAGAAUGGCGACGAUGGCGCACAUUCUCGGGGAAGAGUCGAGGAGCUGCUCCAUUCCCCGAGACAAUCCAUCUCUCCUCGCGAAGGCAUAGAAGCCGAACAAAAUAUGGAUCCAGAUUCAGAAAGGUAUAAGAAGAGAAGGGAAGGCAGUGAUGGUAAAGUUGGGGAGAGCCGCGAGGACGGAGUCGCCCUUCAGAGAAGAGCCCUCGACGACGUAAACGCAGCGAUCGUCACGGGGCUCGAGCACAAUGCCAACGAGGGCAUCGCGACAAGUCAUCGCGACUGGGUCUUGCUCCCCGCGAACAUCCUCUUCGAAAACGAAGGCUGGAGAUUGAACCAACAUCAAUUAUGGACCCAGCGCCAGCAUGUCUUAUCAGAUAACCGAUCUCACGCUCUGCCCUCAAUUGUCCAUUGCAACGAGUCGAUAUUGUUUCUCAACCCGACAGCCCUGGAUCACAAGCUCUUCGGUGAAGACGGCAAAGUCAUCCGCAUGGCCCAGCUAUCGCCGGAUUCCUUGACACUGCCUAACCCAGACCGGACGAGCAGUCCCUACAGUGACACUGAUUACCCAGAAGACGAUGUGGACGAAGGGGACGAGAAUGAAGAGGAAGAUACCGGCGAAUGCAAACCUCAUGCUGCUGGCAGUAAUCAGGGAUUCCGUACAAACGCGUCGGACGAAGAACGCUUACUCUCGUAUAAGGAUAAGAUGUCUAUGGACUGGGAUCAGGUAGUUUCUCGCUUCCCAGACCGGUCGGAAGUCAGCCUCAGGCGGGUCAGCCUUGUUACCUUGCGAACUCUCGGAAAGAGUCCCACAUUGAUCCCGUUUCCCGUGCCAGCUUCGGCUCUCGCUCCUCUUCCGAGACCCCGUUUUGACCCCGCCCGAGUUGUCGUUCAGGGAGUAACGUUAUACCCAAAAAAUCCACCAUGCCAGCUAUUUAGAAAACAGAAUGUCACGACUACAGUCAGCUCUCGUUAUAACAAUGUGGCGUUUCCAGGAUUUUAUAUCGUUAUAUCGGAUUAUCGUUAUAACGAGAGAUAUUUUGGUGAGAAAACAAGAAUCGGUGCACAGGAAACCCCAUCGCAGAGACCGCUUUGUGGCGUUCUUGGCAUCGUUAUAACGAGACGUGGGAAGGAUGUUGUUGCCUACGCCAAGACUUCCGGAGCAGCUCAACCACCAACCAAGGGAUGGAGCGCGCUGUAUGAAUCUAGGAAGAACGUGUGGAGGGCCAACAGCUAUUGGGUGCCUUGA